AUGGUAAAUUCAUUUAAAGUAGAAGUAGAACUGAAAUAUAUAGAAAUUUUAGCACAGCUUAGAGUUGAUAAUUUUAUACAAUUUGAGGAACCAGAAACAGAACCGCUGGAUUUAUCAAUGUCAAAAAUGUGCGGUGGAAAGAUUGAACUACCAGAUGUAUCAAUACCAGAAGUGAGUGAGGGAGAAACAGAACUCAGCGAAAUUAAUCAGGAAGACACAAGAUCAUUGAACAUACCAAUUCAAGAAGCUGGCAGGGAACAAACAAGUAUGGACAUAUACCGAAGAAAAUCUGGCUUAAGAGAAAAAACGACCCACACAACUGCGAAGCAGUUCAAAUGCGAAAAGGAAGAUUUCGUUGCGUUACCGAACACACAUGUGAUGAAUCAUCCUGGCAAGAAACCGUACUAUUGUCCGAAAUAUGGGAAUAAUUUCAUCCGGUCAUCGAGUCUGAAUGCGCAUAAGAAGAUUUUAUGUGACAGCUGUCCGAUUGAAGACUCACACUGA